CAAUAAUCCACCAGCAUCAUCAGCAAGAAGAAGCAUCACCUAUGCCGAGGCACAUCUCGAUCGCGCCGCCACCGCCUCGGCCGCCGCCCCCUGCUGGGACGGUGCCGUACGCCGUGGGUGACUUUGUGGAGGUGGCUGGUCGACUGGGGAGCGAAAUCGUACUGUACAUCGUCGAGAUUCUGUCAGUGUGGACGACGCCUUACGUGGGAUUCACAGGUCAAUAUUACUACACCCCCCGGGACCUGGGCGAUAAGAUCAUGGCCCAGUUCCCGUCCUCGGCAUCCGCGCCCCAAAACAUCACCGCCCCCGAGUCGUCCACUGCCGCGCCUGCUUCGUCGACCGCGGAACAGACCCCUCCCAACGAAGUGCUCAAGUGCGAAGACCGAGAAAUUUUCCAGUCCACGUACUCAGGAGACAACCACGUCGCCGCGAUCGUGCGCAAAUGCCACGUCGUGUCAUCGUCGACAUUCCACCACCAACUUGUCCACAGCCCGGACGACGUCAGCACGUACCUGUGCCGGUACGCGUUUCACGCGUGGAAGUACCCGUCACCGUUUACCAAGCUCGUGACGGACGAAGACCGCGUCAGUGUACGACUGGGGGACGACUGCCAGGUCGACGUGCCGUCAUUCGAUACGCAACCAAUGAAGCUAUGUCCACCACCAACCGGCAACUGCAGCGACGGGGACGACUCGAACAAGGACGUGGUAGAUCCCCACGGCGGUAUGCGGCGGUGGCAGCCGAGCCUCGCAGAUGCCGCCGCGUUGUCGGCCUUCCUCACGCUCAUCGAGUGCAUUCAAAUCGCCGUGGGCAACGUCGUGUACGCUUGGCACGAAAAGGCGAAGGAGCAGAUCCUGAGCGUGUUGGAGGAGUACAAGGGUGGCCAGAGCUUUCGCGUGGUGUACCUAGACGGAUCGGGGUCCCUUGUCGUCGACGUGAGCUACGUGCGGGGACUAGUCUCAACGGACGAGGCGCUCAUGCUGUUGCACGAUGCUGGCUACAACUACCGAAUAGCCACCGAGCAGGUGACACAACUCGUGAGUGCGCGGUCGGCGGCCGCAGUCAAGUUUGUCCGAGAAGCCCAAGCCGACGACGGCGACUCGUCCGACGCCAGUACAACGUCCCAGAACUCGUCGUCGCCAAGAUCCAUCAAGCGGCAAUGCAAACAAGUGGCGAAACCAGCGGCGGCGGGGACCAAGCCCCCCCUGAAGCCCAAGGCUGUUAAUUUAGAGUAAAACGCUGUACUGAUAGUGUGAUUGAUGACGGGGGUCAUGUUGAACGAAGGGGGGGCAAGUCCACGAGAGACUCCUGCCACGCCAAUUCGUCG